CUAUAUAGUUUGUGGUACUCUAUACUAACCUCAAUUUCGGUACUUCUUAAUUUGAGGUGAGCGUUGUUUUCAUUUGGUGUUAUUAAAAUCGUUAAAAAUGGAUAUUAACAUGAUUGACUUGAUGGAUUUAGAAGAUUUGGACAUGCUAGACACCACUCGGCGACCUGAUAGACAUUGACAUCGUGUGAAUCCGUUUGAAUUGAGUGACGAAGAUUUUAGGUAUAAGUAUAGGUUCUCAAAACGUUUCGGAGAAAAAAUAGUGGGUAUCUUACGUGAGGAUUUAGUGCACGACCCUCGAGGAUGCCCAUUGAGUCCUGAAAUUCAAGUGGUUUGUGCAUUACGCAACUGGGCUCGCCAUGAAGUAAGUGCUGUUUAUAAUCUUGGUGGGGUCAAUGUAGCUAACAUUACGCUAGAUAAAAAGCCAAAUAAUACAUAUUAUUGUUUUAUUCGUAGAUUCAAGACGAUACAGCUGAUUUACAUGGUGUGUCUCAACCAGUAGUAAGUAGGACAUGUAAAAAAGUAGCGGAAAUUUUGUCACGGAAGUCCCGAGAAUUUAUUAAAAUGCCUACUACUUUAAAUGAACAGCAGGAAACCAUUAGGAAAUUUCGCAGUAUUGCUAAUUUUCCUACAGUAAUUGGCGCAAUUGACUGUACUCACAUACGAGUAAAGAAAGUGAAUGCUGAUGGGGGUCAGUUAUAUAUUAAUAGAAAAGGAUUUUCUUCAAUUAAUGUACAGGUAAUAUACAAAUAUUUUAAAUAGCUGUGAUUGUCUCUUAAUAAUUUUACUUUAUCAUAAUAGAAAAUAAUUUGUUUGACUAUCUUAUGGUAAUAAAUAUAUAUUAAAAUAAACCAGAAAAACAUAAAGUACUAAUGAGCUCUUAUUUUACAGGUGGUUUGUGACGCUGACCUGAAAAUCAUGGACAUUGUUACCAGGUGGCGUGGUAGUGUACAUGACUCCAGAAUAUUCCGAGAAUGUAGACUAAAACAGAGGUUUGAGGCUGGUGCAUUCUCUGGAAUAUUACUUGGUGACAGUGGCUAUCCUUGUACCCCUUACCUAUUUACACCGCUGCUGAACCCCACAACACCACAAGAAGAAAGAUAUAAUAGGAGCCAUAUCCAUACCAGGAACACAGUGGAAAGAUGUUUUGGUUUGUGGAAGCAACGGUUUCGUUGCCUAUUAAGAGGUAUGUUUAGAGAUAUUGAAACAGCAAAAAAAACAAUUGUUGCAUGUGCUGUACUACACAAUAUGGCCAUCGACAUGAGAGAAGAUGUGUUUUCUGGUGAGAGAGAUAGCAUUGAACAAUAUUCAUCUGAACCUAUAGUACAAAGAUAUAUUGCACCAUCAAUAAGGGGAAAUAUUAGAAGAAGACAGUUUAUUGAAACUCAUUUUCAAGAUAAUACCCAUUUAUAAAGGAAAAUAUUUCUGCAGAGCCGUUGUCAGCUGUCAAAGAAUAACGACUACAUAUUCACCAAUAUGAAAUAAAUUCAGGGGAGUAUUGUGAUAAUAUUUCAUUUAUUGAGCAAAAUGCUUUUAUUUAGGCUAUAAAUGAUUGUGUUUCAGGGAAAGAUGCGGGGUACAGCACAUUCCACAUCAAUAUGAAGCUAUGUUAUAUAAAGAUUUAAGUGCUUUAGAGAUAUGUUUAGAUUUUUUAAUAAAUAUCGUCCCUCCUCUACAUUCACAGCCGGAUUUCCUUUCCAGAGGUGCACGGGUCCACGGGGAGUAGGACUGUAUGAUGACUAAGUAAUUAGGUUUAGUUUUUUUUAUUAUAGUUUUUUACUAUUGUAUAUUAUAUUUCAUUGUUAUGUAAAUAAAAUGCAUAUUAAUUAUAAUUAUUUAUUUUAAUUAUUAAUAAAAGAUGUACAAAUAUUUGCAGCAAUUUAGUACCUGAAAAUAAUUGUUUCAUAUAUGAGGAUAUUUACAAACAUGUAUCUGAUAUAGUCUCAAAUAUUUAGUUUUUUUUAUAGGAUAAUGGUGAUAAACACAGUGUACCACACACACACAUACACACACACAGUCCAUCUGAUGUUAAGUAACUGCUGUGGUGCAUAGACGUCCACAUCUAUCCUCGACUACAAAUCAAAAUGCAGAUGCGUUGUCACCCGUGUGGAGUAAGAUGGAAUGCCUCGUUUCCUGUAAAAGAGGUCUCUCUCAUACAAAAUUUGUACAAAAAUUUAUCCAAAAUUUGUCAAUAAACAAGUUUAAAUGUUUUAUUAAAGAAACAUUUUAUAAAAAGGUUAUUAUAAUAUCAAAGAAUACAUAAAUGAGAAUAUUGGAAAUACUGGAAUUGAGGUGAUCGCCACCAUGGUGGUUCUAUUAAAAUUCAUUUAAAAAUUGUACAAAUAAAAUUAUUGUUAAGAGAAAUAUGUUUAUAAAAAAGUCCCGCUGGGUUUCUUACUAGUUCUUCCCAGGACUGAGGUAUUUUCCGAACCAGUGGUAAAUAAAAAAUGUCUUUCAAUAAGUAUUCUGUAAUAAUCUAUAUUUAAUAAAAAUCAUUCUAUUCUAUUCUCAUUCUAUAAACUCACCAUAAUAAACACAGCAGCAUUAAGCUGCUAUUUAACUUGUGUUUUUCUGACUUUCUAAUAAAAAUAUUUGUAACUCUAAUUUUCUAAUUUUUAGGUUAGCUAUUUUAAUAUUGUAUUUAUGUUCCUCUUCCAUCAUUUCCAGUUGUCUUUUUUUAAAAUCUGUGUUACUUUUUACAAUUGUUUGGUGUACAUCUUCUCUUCUGUAAAAUGAAAUGGAAUACUUAAUGUAAGUUUUGUAGUUAUUUUAGAAAUUUACAAUGUAUUCUAGAGUAAUAAAAGUGCACUUAACCUUGUACACCAAUUAAAGAAAUAUUUUUUAAUUAUUUUUAAAUCAAUUCAUAUUAAACUUUGCUUUUAAUAUUUGAAAACAUGAAACAAUUUUCAGUGUUUAAAUACUAAUUUUCACAUUUUAAAAAGUAUGUAAUGUAUCAGACUAUGUAAUUUUUUCAACAUACCUAUUUUGCAAGCUAUUUUUCCUGUUUUUAAUUUUUGUUAUACCCCUAGUAAAAAUAUCUUUAUUGUUGGUUAUUUUCACCAUUUUGGCACUUUCUUCUGUAUCUGUAGUUGGAUCUAUCUCUAAAAAUUAAUAUAAAUAUAACAGUUUUAGAAAAUUAACAUUUAUAAUAUUUACAAACUUGUAUGCAUAUGAUUGUAACUAUAAUAAUAAUAUAUUUUGCUUUUUAAUAAAUAUUCAAUCAGUAUUAUUUACCUUGCACAUAUACAACAUUGGGUUCUGGAUUUUCUACAUUUUUAACUAUAGCUGUGUCUGUUUUUUCAAAAUUAAGGCGAGGCUUAGGGUCAGCAACUUCUUUUGAUGUUGUAGCCACAGUCACUGGAUCCUAAAAUAAAUCAUUAAAACAUUUAUUAACAUGUUUUCCUGUCACCUGUCAUCUCUAUUUUGCCCUUUAUUGAAUCAGGUAUUUUCUAUGUUGUAGAAAUAUUAUUAUGAUCCAAGACAAAAGGUAAUUUAAUAAAUUAUUAAUUAUAAUACCUAAUAGACAAAAAUAGAAAAUUAUAAUCGGACUGUGUAGAUAAUCUAGUAAAAUGUGUGUUAUGAUAUUAUAUAGACCACUAUAUAUGAAUUUGUGACAUUUCAAUUUUGAAUAUAAUUAAUUAUAAAGAAAUUUAUGUUAAAUUGUUACUAAGUAUAUUAAAUUUUGAAUAUUCGGAAAAUAAUUUUGGAUUGUAAAUUGUAUGCUUUAAGAGUAGAUUUCAGAGCACUACCUAGGUACUAAAGUAAUGGAAAAUAAAGUUCUUUAAUUUUAAUUAAAUUUGUAAGACAU